AUGGGUCCCACAGCAACACUUUCGGAUUUGAACCGUCAGGAUGGCUCUGCUUCCUACAAAUGCCCCGCUACUGGCUUCAAUGUGCUCGCCGGUGUGAAUGGACCCAUCGAGCUUCCUGCCCGUCGCGACGCUCUCAAGCCCGAAGAAGCCACCGUUGAAGUGUUUGUGAAGCCCGGAACUGCCGUCGCAGGAGUUGGUGAAAAAUACGUUGAAGGAAUAUUGCGCGAUGUCCUGAGCACUAUCAUUCUCCGCCGUGAGAAGGGACUCCCACGUCGCGGAGUGGUCAUCACACUGGGAAUCGUUGGAGGCGAGAGCAUACAACGCGGCGACUCGUAUCUCACCCUUCUCUCCUCUCUCCUCCAUGCCGCUCUACUAGCUCUGAUCGCCGCCGCCAUCCCAUUGUCCAUGACCUUCGCUACUACCCUGCUCGGUGUGACUCGUUCCGGGGAUAUUAUUCGUAACCCAUCCCCCGCUGUCGCGAAGACUGCUGCGUCAUUGCACGCCCUUGCGUUUUCCUCUAAGGGCCAUCUGCUACUGAAUGAAAGCCUGGGGCGGUUCGACUUUGAUACCUGGGAACUGGUCCGACAGCAGGCCGCUUCUAUCUGCCAAGGAGCUGCUACACCUGGAUCCGAUGGCGACGUUGCUAUGGACGGAGCGGACGCCCAUGUGGAUGAAUUUGUCCGUGAAACCGUGGAGGACCACCUUCACCGUGACUACAACUGGAAGAUCGAGUCGAUUUGA